AUGGAUCAAACUAUAUUAUUCAGGUUAUCAAAUCUUGGUCAACCUGUUAAUAAUGAAAAUAUAAAUAAUGGUGUUUUAAGUUUACCAUCAAAUGAUUAUCCUAAAACUUAUAAACCUGGUGAUAUUAUUUUUAAUUUACAAUUUCAAUUAAAUGCUGCAAGUAAAAUUUCAAGAAAGGGGAAAUUAUAUGUUAAUGUUCCAAAUACAUAUGAUGAAGAAUUUGAUAGAUAUAAAUAUAAAGAAAUAUCAAUUGAUUCUUCUUUUCAUGAAGAUAUUUUAAUUAAAAUUCCAAUUUUUAAACCUGGUGCCUAUAAUUAUUAUAUAAAAUAUGAAGAUGAUCAAGGUGAACAAACUACAGAUAAAUAUUAUUUCAAUGUACCACCUCAUUUAUCAAUAAAUGGUCAAUUUAUUCCAUUUAAUGCAAUUAAUGUUGAAACUGUAAUAUCAAAAUGGAUUGGUUCAUAUGAUCGUUGGCCAAAAAUUUUCCAAAAUAUCAAAGCAAAAGGUUAUAAUACAAUACAUUUCACUCCAUUACAAGAAAGAGGUGAAUCAAAUUCUCCUUAUUCUAUAUAUGAUCAAUUAAAAUGGGAUCCUGAAAUAUUUGGAAAAGAUAAUGAUGCAACUAAAAAAAUACAUACAGUUUUAAAUGAUAAUGAAUUAUUAAGUUUAACUGAUGUUGUAUGGAAUCAUACUGCAAAUAAUUCAGAAUGGUUAAAAGACGCACCAGAUUCAGGAUAUAAUCAAGACACUGCACCACAUUUAAUAUCAGCAAUUGAAUUAGAUGAAGCAUUGUUGAAAUUUAGUGAGAACUUAAAAGAAUAUGAUUUACCAACAACAAUAGAAAACGAAUCAGAUUUAAACAAAAUAAUUGAAACUAUAAAGACAGAAGUAUUAGAUAAAUUACAAUUAUGGCAAUAUUAUGUAUUUAACAGAGAGAAAGCUAUAGAAGAUGUUAAAAAUUCAGAAAAUAAUACAGAUGUUGACGUUUCAAAAAUCGACAAAAAUGAUAUAAAACAAGUUUCAAAUUUUAUAUUAGGAGAUGAAAAACCAAAAUUAGGUAAAAGAUUUGAAAAUAAAUUAGACACUAAAAAAUUUGCAUCAACAUUGAAAAAAUUAUAUGGUAAUACUGAUAAAGCGGGUGAAAUAAUUGAUAUUAUAAAUGAACCAUUAUAUGCUCAAUAUGAUGAUGAUUUAAAAACUAUUCAACAACAAGUAGGUGAUAGGAUAAAAUUUUUAAGAUUAGCUGAUAAUGGACCAAAAUUAGGUGAAGUUACCAAAAAAUAUCCAUUAACUGAACCAUACUUUACAAGAUUUGUUGAUAAAGAUGGCAAAAAGCAAGCAUUAGCUAACAAUGGUUGGAUUUGGGGUGGUAAUCCAUUAGUUGAUUUUGCAUCGGAUCAAUCAAAAGCUUAUUUAAGAAGAGAAGUUAUAGUAUGGGGAGAUUGUGUUAAAUUAAGAUAUGGAUCAAAAUAUGAAGAUUCUCCAAAAUUAUGGGAUAGAAUGAUUCAAUAUACUAGAGAAUCAGCAAAAGUAUUUAAUGGAUUUAGAAUUGACAAUUGUCAUUCUACUCCAUUACAUGUUGGUGAAAGAUUAUUAGAUGAAGCAAGAAAAGUAAAUCCUAAUUUAUAUGUUGUUGCUGAAUUAUUUUCUGGAUCUGAAGAAAUGGAUAAAAUCUUUGUUGAAAGGUUAGCUAUAAAUUCUUUAGUUAGAGAAGCAAUGCAAGCUUGGAGUGUUGGAGAAUUAUCUUCAUUAGUUCAUAAACAUGGUGGAAGACCAAUUGGUUCUUUAACUUGGUUACCAUUAAGUGACUUUUCAUACCCUGCAGAAAAAGAACCACAAUCAAGAGGUGGUUAUACAGAAUUAGAAAUUCCAAAAGUAUUAACAAGUUCUGCUCCUCAUGCUAUAUUUAUGGAUUGUACUCAUGAUAAUGAAAUGCCAGCACAAAAGAGAACAGUUGAAGAUACUUUACCUAACGCUGCUUUAGUUGCGUUUUGUUCAUCAGCUAUUGGAUCAGUUUAUGGUUAUGAUGAAUGUUAUCCACAUAUACUUGAUGUUGUAAAUGAAGAUAGACUUUAUGAUUUAAAUGAUAAUAAUGGAAUAGGUAAAGUUAAAGCAAAAUUAUACAAGAUUAGAAGUGAUUUAGCAAAAGAAAGUGAAGAUAUUGCUCGUGAUCAUGAAAUGUAUAUUCACCACGAAGGUCAAUAUAUUACAAUUCAACGUUAUAAUGCAAGAACUGGUAAAGGUUGGUUCCUUAUAGCUAGAAGCAAAUUCCAUCAAAAUGAAACUGAACAAAUUUUAUCACCUUCAACAUUAGGUGGUACUAAAGUUAAACAUGAAUUUAGUUAUACUUUAAAACAAACUGGUGAUUAUGAAUCAAAUAAAGAAUAUUUAACUGGUAUACCAGUAAAAGUCGAGGAAAUCGAAGAGCCAAAAGUUGAUUAUGAAAAUGGUGAUAGUAUAAUUCAUGUUAAUAGUACUUUUGUACCAGGUUCAAUAUCUGUAUUCUCCACAGAAAUCCCAGGAGUCGAUCAAUCAUUAGAUAAUUAUGUUAAAGAAGGAGCAAUUGAAGCAUCGUUAGGUUUAGAUUUAUAUGAUUUAAAUGCAUUACUUUAUAAAUGUUCACCAGAAGAAUUAGAUGCAAGUGGAGGUAAAGAUAAUGUUUAUGAUAUUCCAAAUUAUGGACCAUUAAUCUAUGCUGGUUUAGAAGGUUGGCAAACUGCUUUAAAACAUGUCAUAUGGUCUAAUAACUUGGGACAUCCUAUUUGUGAUCAUUUAAGAGAUGGAUCAUGGGCUUUGGAUAAUGUUGUUGCAAGAUUAGAUAAAUAUGUAGCUAAAUCAAAGAACUUAGGAAAAUUUCAAAAUUGGUUAAAAGAUAGAUUUGAUGCUGUUAAAAAAGCUCCUUAUUACCUUAGACCUCAUUAUUUUGCAUUAAUUGUUGGUAUUGCAUAUGAAGCAGCAAGAUUUAGAGCAUUGAGACAAUUUGGUAAACAAAUUCAACAAGCUACAAAUUUUGUUCAAAGUUUAGCUUUAACGUCAGUACAAAUGGUUGGAUAUAUGAAUAAUACUUCAUUAGUUCCAGAUAAAUCAGUUCCAUGUAUAGCAGCAGGAUUACCACAUUUUAGUAAUGAUUAUAUGAGAUGUUGGGGAAGAGAUGUAUUCAUUUCAUUUAGAGGUUUAUUAAUUGUACCUGAAAGAAAUGAAGAUGCUAAACAACAUAUUCUUGGUUUUGCUAAAACCUUAAAACAUGGAUUAAUUCCAAAUUUAUUAGAUGCUGGUAGAAACCCAAGAUAUAAUGCAAGAGAUGCUGCAUGGUUCUUUUUACAAGCUAUACAAGAAUAUGUUAUAAAUGUACCUAAUGGAAUUAAAAUAUUAGAUGAAAAAGUAUCAAGAAGAUUUCCAUUAGAUGAUAAAUAUAUUCCAGUUGAAGAAGCAUUUACAUAUGAAUCAUCAAUAAAAGAAAUAAUUUUUGAAAUAUUACAGCGUCAUGCAAAAGGUAUAAAAUAUAGAGAAGCAAAUGCAGGACCUAAUUUAGAUUCACAAAUGAAAGAUGAAGGAUUUAAUGUAGAAGUUGGUAUAAAUUGGGAUACUGGAUUUGUUUAUGGUGGAUCACAAUUAAAUUGUGGUACAUGGAUGGAUAAAAUGGGAGAAAGUGAAAGAGCUCAUAAUAGAGGUAUACCAGGUACACCAAGAGAUGGAUCAGCAGUUGAAUUACAAGGAUUAUUGAAAAGUGCAUUACGUUUUGUCAAUCAAUUACAAAAACAAGGUAAAUUUAAUUACAAAGAAGUUGAAAAAUCAAAUGGUGAAAAAAUUUCUUUAAUUGAUUGGGAAAAUUUAUUACAACAAAAUUUUGAAAAACAUUUUUAUAUACCUGAAAAUUCAAAAGAUGAUUGCAAUUAUGAUGUUGAUCCAUCAUUAAUUAAUAGAAGAGGAAUAUAUAAAGAUUUAUAUCAUUCAGGAAAACCAUAUGAAGAUUAUCAAUUAAGACCAAAUUUCCCAAUUGCAAUGUGUGUUGCACCAGAAUUAUUUACACCAGAACAUGCCAUAAAAGCUAUUAAUAAUGCUGAUUUAAUAAUUAGAGGACCAAUUGGAAUGAGAACAUUAGAUCCACUGGAUUAUAAUUAUAGACCAUAUUAUAAUAAUUCAAUUGAUAAUGAUGAUUUUGCUACAUCAAAGGGAAGAAAUUAUCAUCAAGGACCAGAAUGGGUUUGGAAUUUUGGCUAUUUUUUAAGAGCAUUUUUAUAUUUUAAAUUCCCCCAAAUAAAUUCAUUAGAAUUGUUUACAUUAUUAAAUGAUAGAAUUCAAUAUCAUAUAAAAUGGAUUAAAGAUAGUCCAUGGGCAGGAUUAACUGAAUUAACUAAUAAAGAUGGUGAAUUAUGUAAUGAUUCAAGUCCUACUCAAGCUUGGAGUAGUUCAUGUUUAUUAGAUUUAUAUUAUGAUUUAUGGAAUGAUAAAAGAUACAAAUAA